UACCUUGCACUUGAGUUGAGUGUUGAAGCAGAAUUUUAGAAUAAUCGUUGUUGAUUUCCUUCUGUGGAUUUUUAAUAAUUUCCGAUAUAAUAAAAUCAUUUCGGUUGAUAAGAUAUUGAUGAUUAAUACCAUUGUCAGCUUAUAAAAGUUUUCCAACAGUUCCCAUAUCGUAUUUUCAGUUGCAAGGUGUAAAAUUUCAGCUCUCUACUCUGACAACGCAAAAAGAUCUACAAACUGCAGCUAUGUCCUGCAAAGUGUAUUUGGUUGUUUUUCUAUUUGGUUUUUGCACAUUUGGUAAUUGCAUUGCAUCUGUGGACAAAUGGGAAAUCACCACAUUCGAAUGCGGUCUAACUGAACCCAUCUACAAUUACACGUUCAAUUUCACUUCAUUGAGCUCUGACUUGGCCCUAACAGCAACAAGUAAUCUUGGUGACAUUUUCGAAUUCAAUAUAUGUCGUAAUCUAACAAAAACAUGUGAUGGUCAAAAAGAGGUUGCAGCCUGCAUGAAACGAGGCACAAAAGAGUAUAUUUUAGGAACUCAACAGCAGCUUACAUACAGGAAUGGUAAAAUGUUCUUUACAUUUACGAAUGGUUCCAAGUGCAAGGAUGGCACUUUAUAUCAACUCAAUGUGAUUGUUGGUUGUGAUUACACUAUGGAUAAACUUCAAUCACAGGUUACUCCUUAUAAUGAGAACGAUUGUUCGUUUUAUAUUGUGUUGGAGACGUCAAGAGCAUGUCUUCCGGCACCAGAUGCGGUCAAGUCGAACUUGUGUACAGCAAAGGAUCCCUCAACAGGGCAUACGUACAAUUUACUACCUCUUAGUGACUACAACUAUAGGUUAUCAGACAGAAAUGGUUCAAUGUUUGUGAUAAAUGUAUGUAAGCCGGUUCUUUAUGCAGAAGCUGCCAUGUGUCCACCAGGAAGCAGUGUUUGCCGCAUUGAUAUGAGUGCCUCAGAUUAUUUGCAUAUGUUUAUCAAUUAUGGAACCGUUGAAGCCAAUCCAAAAGUCGAAAAUGGUCAACUACUUAUUCGAUAUCAAUCUGAUACUCCAUGUAAUUCAACACAUAACUAUACAUCGGUUAUUAAUUUUAAUUGCGAUAAAAACAUUGAGUAUGGUAUCCCGGAUUUUAUGGGAAGGAAAGGAUGCACGUAUGAGUUCUCUUGGCUUAAUGCAAUGGCUUGUAAUACUAUAGAACCAUGUGUGACUAUUGAUCCAAUUAGUGGAUUUAAGUACAACAUGAACAGCCUUAAAAAUGAAACAUAUAAUCUUGGCUUGAAUAGCAAAACAUAUACUUUUGGAAUUUGUACAGAUGGCGGGUCACCGUGUUUGGAACAUGCAGGUGCCUGCGAGAGCAUCAAUGGCCAAUCAACAUCACUCGGCAAUACCAAUUCGAAUUUGCGUUUCAAUCAAACUGGCUCACCGUAUUUACUCUACGAAACUGGUGCACCAUGUCAACCAAAGACAAAAGACAAAACAGCGACCACAACAUUUUGGUCAACGAAAAUUGAAUUUGUCUGUGCAACCGAUGGUGGUGGUGAUGGUGCAGGGCAGGGUGCUACGGCAGCAUCAUCAUCAUCAUCGAGUGGACCGAAAAUAAUUGAAAAUUCCAAUUGUCAACUACUGAUUCACUAUCAGACGAAAUUGGCAUGUCAAAAUCAGAUUACAUGCAAAACUAGGGGCUACGGAUCAGCAACUUCCGUGAUGGACGGGUAUGCAAGUUCCGUUGGACAUGACAUGGACCUGACACCCCUUAUAAGUACAACAGAUAACUACGAGGCAGAAGUCAGUUCGUCCAUUUCUCAAUCGGAAGUCGGCAAAUCAAUGAAGUUCUAUUUGAAUGUAUGCAGACCACUGGUGUCGAAAUAUGGCUUAGGAUGUCCUGGUGGUUCAGCUGCUUGCAUGGCCGUUAUGGGACCGUCAACACCAGAAGAUGAACAAAGUCUGGGUUACCCUGAUGUUUCACUCACUCGGAUUAAUGAAACAAGUGCUGAAUUAAAAUAUCUUCAUGGAAGCCCCUGUCCGAAAGAUAAAUCAAUUCAAUUGUCAUCGAUUGUCCAGUUCACUUGUGAUAUCCGUGCAGGCAAGGGAACUCCGGUCCUGACAUCCAUAAUCAACGAUUGCCAUUACCAAUUUAUUUGGCCAACCAACGUGAUUUGUCCGGCGCAUUUGUGCGAGUUUGAUGUCGACACUUGCCAAAUUAUUAAUGAGCAACUAAACGAACGAUAUAGCAUGCGGAAUGCCAGCUUUACGGAUAAAGGCAAAAUUAAGAUUCCAGGGGCAACGGAAUUCAACAUUGAUGUCUGUGGUGAUGACCACCGCAAAGCGUUAACUGAUUAUUCACAGAGCACAGUCAAAGUGUUCUUUAACGCCCCAGGACCAUGUCUGGUAGAUGGAUCAGUGAACGUUGAACUUCGACUUGUGUGCGGCGAGAAGGAAGAUGCUUCCUCAUCAAGUGAUAAUAAUCAUUGUAAUUUGAUCUACACUCAACAUACGCCUGAGAUUUGUAAGUUCUUAGGCCUGGAGAUUCCAAAGAGUACAACACCAGCACCACCAAUGGUUUCUUCUCCAUCAAUAACAACGACAGUCGCUCCUGAAACAACAACAAGUUCAACAAAAACUGAUGUUACCCCUGCGGUACCAAGUUCAGGAUCGUUUGCAACAACACUUGUGAUAGUUGUCAGUGUUUUGAGUAUCAUUUUUGGAACCAGUCUUCUAUUAAGAACACCGGAACGAAGGGAUAGGCUGAUACGAUUAUUCCGUAAAAGUUCAUCGGCUGUGAGAUAUUCAAGAGUGGAGUCAAAUGAAGAAGCGAAUUUACUAUUAAAUCAAAAUGGACAAUUUACUGAUAGUGAUGAUGACAUGUUACUCUAGUGCAAGUGAUUUAAUAUUUUAGCUUAAGGCAAAGAUGAACAUUUUGUUAUAUGUAUAGUUACAAAAAAAAAAAUAA